UGAAGUGGAGAUGUGACUUUUGUUUACUUAGUUUUUUGUUUUGUUUUCUUUGUUUAACGAUGUUAAUUUGUUUAUUAAUCGUGCUGUGAUUAAUGUUAUUUAGUUGUGAACAAAAAUGAAGGUCAUUGAAGCAAAAAUCGUUGUUUUGGGAUCACAAGGAGUAGGGAAAACCAGCCUGGUGGUUCGGUACAUCGGCAAAAUGUUCUCCAAGCACAUCUCACCCACCAUCGGAGCUUCCUUCUUCACCUGCAAUAUCAGCGUGGAUGAUGCAAGGGUGAAGCUACAGGUAUGGGACACGGCAGGCCAAGAGCGAUUCAGAGCUAUGGCGCCCAUGUACUACAGAAACGCGAACGCAGCGCUCUUGGUGUUCGACAUCAGCAGCGCUGCCAGCUUCGCAGCCAUUAAAGGAUGGGUGAAGGAGCUUCAGAGCAACGUAGCAGAAGCAAUGGUGAUGUCGGUGGUAGGCAACAAGAGCGACCUGUCGGAGCGGCGCGCGGUGCCGUACUCGGAAGCGGCGCAGUACGCAGCCUCCAUCGGCGCGCAGUACCGGGAGACAUCCGCGCUGCGGGACCAGGGCAUAGACCAAGUGUUUCUCAGCGUAGCCACAGCCCUGCUGAAGAUGUCGAGCAGUAACGGUGCGAUUCGAUCUUACGACUCGGCAGAUGGAGAAAGUGACAAAAUACCCACCGGUUCUCCCACAGAAGAAGCGGCGACGCACACAGGCAAAGUAGAACUUCCCGCAUGGAGUGUUGACAGUAUCGCGCACGGUGAACUUCAGAAAAGCAUGUGUUGCUGACGGUAUACUAUAGUUUGCUGACGGUACCUGACUUGAGAUCGUGAGGUGAAGAAAUGCUCAUUUGCUGACGGUAUUAGAUGUGGUAGAAAACUUACUGCUGAUGUUGUUGUGCAUUUGCUGACCUUACCUGACUCUUGAGAUCGUGUCGUGAGGUGAAAAAAUGCUCAUUUGCUGACCUUACCUGACUCUUGAGGUCGUGAGGUGAAAAAAUGCUCAUUUGCUGACGGUUCUGGCUGUGGUAGUAAUACUGCUGACGGUACAUUAAGCUAUAGUCUGGUCGCCGAGCACGUAGAGUUUUGUCCAAUGACCCCAAGCUACCCACCCUUAUCGCUCGCGCGUAAUUA